AUGAAAUCAGCGGCCACAACAUCCUAUGUAUCGGCAUUCCAUUACGGUAAUGCCCUCCCAUCUGUAAUAUCAGCUGCUCGAUUGCUACGUCUUAGAACAGCAAUAAGUUUCAACGAUGAACAACCGCGAAAAUCAAUCAGUCCAUUUUCACCGGAAGCUCGGGUACCAUUACCAUGCGAAAUGGAUGAAAACUUCAGCACAUCGGUAUGGAAACGCAAUGAGAGAGAACGAUUUCGUGUUCGUUGUGUCAACGAUGGAUAUGAACGAUUGCGCGAACAUUUACCGCUUACAGAAAGUGAUAGACGAAUUAGUAAGGUGGAUACGCUAAGGUUGGCAAUUCGAUAUAUUCGUCAUUUGGAAGAACUGUUGAGCAACGAAGACCACUUUACAAGCUGUCAGUGUUUUGCGUCGUUUAAGACUGAAAAUGAGGAACAAAACGAAUUACGAAAACAACAGAAAAGAAAGCGAGUGACUGGUGCUUGA